GGAGAACAACGUGAGCCUUCAGGGAUGCAGAUUCAUCAAGAGACUGUUGGAUCCGCUCCCUGAAGCCCGUCCAUCAGCAUCGGUGGACUUAGAGAGCAGCUGGGCUAUCCUGGACAGUAACGAAGAGUCUGGGCCCGGAGCUCCGUAGUACAGGAGAUACCGGUCCAGCGGAUGGCUUUACAUGGGCCCUUAGUAAUUCGACACAAGCAUCAAUCGAUGAUACGCAAUGGGCCGGCCUCCUCGAUAAUACAUUCAAUGGACUUGGUUCGUAUUCAGUCGAUGAGAUGGACUACUUCUCCACGGAACUCUGGAACUUCGUCAAAACAACCCAAACCUUCGACCGAGCCAGUACAGUGAAGCUUCAAGCCCUCCUGACAACACACCCAAGCCUCAAUAGACUGCACAAUGGCUACACAGCUUUGCACAUUGUCUCAGAAUCCGCCUCAGCGGAGUGGGUCGAACUCCUUCUUUCAUACGGCGCCGAUGCCCAAAUUCGUACAGAGCCCGGUCGCGAAACCUCCCUACAACUGUCGACUUUUAAAGGUAACCUGGAAGAGUUUAUAAGGAAGUCAAAGCUACUACUAGCCAUUCGAGCUGUCCGAGACGACAUCGACGCUCAAAACUCCAGUGGCGACACCGCUCUGCAUCUUGCAAUUGCCCGCUUGGGAACUGUCCCUGCAAUCCAGCCUUUACUCGACGCCGAGGCAUCAACGAAUAUCAAGGGGCGACAGGGGCGUACACCACUCUUGUACGCUCUAUAUCUAGAGCAAGAGGCGGUGGCGACAGCAUUGUUAGACAAAGAUUCCGAUCCCCACGCACUUGACAAUCACGGUUUUUCUGCGCUACACUAUGCCGUCGCAUCUAGGACCAUCAGUAUACAGUUCAUUCAGCGAUUGCUUGACGCCGGUGUCGACGUAAAUUGGAAAGACGAAGACGGGCAUACGCCCUUAUACUUGGCCGCCCAGAAAAACAAACAAGAAGUAAUGCGUCUACUUCUGAACCAUGGCGCGGAUUCCGAACUUGGGAACUCACGAUUGAAUCUACGAAUUAGUCAGAUUCAAUAUGCAGCGAAGGUUGGAUUGAAAUCUCUUUGGCCAUUCUAAUGAAGCAUGAUAUUUAGCGAGCAACAUAUUACUAAGGUUC